ACGUUUACAUGAUGACGGUCUGAACAGAAGAGGCAAAAGUGGCGUCACGUCUUCACUUUUUAUUCCGCGUUUAGACGAGCGUUUUCAGGAGGAACUCUGCUGCAUACGGUGACGCUAAAGUGUGUGAAUUGGAUUGGGUAUGCAUGCCAGGCGGCAUCACUUAAAGAGAUAAGAGCAUCUUUGGGCAUGUGGAAGUUUUCACGCCACGCAUUUUCAUCAGCUACUCCUUCCACAAAGUUCUCCCACCAUCCACUAGAUCUCUAUUUCCCUGUACUGGCACAUGUAUGUGACGUGUACGCGACGUGAGCAGAUCUGAGCAGAGUUUCGAGCUUGGCAGUGGAGCGUAUUAAAGUUUUCCACUCUGGAGGGUGGUUUCAGAUUUUUGCGUUUUUAACCCCAAAAACGCCGUCACCGUCUAAACGUAAGGCACUUCCCAUAAAAUAUUUCUUUGUUUUUACCUACAAGCGUCCUCAUGUAAACGGGGCCUGAAUGUGGGUAAGUACCUCAUACACCCCACUUCAGACAAAUCUGAACUAUCCCUUUAAAGUGUUUGUUGUAAUUGUAGUUCAGUGAUAAAAUACAAAGAGCUGUGGCUCCUCCCAGCUUUAGAUGUGUUGCCAGCCUGUCGGCACUAGAAUAUUUGUAUUGUUUGGUGUGGAAUUGUUUGGCUGACCUCAUUCUGCAGCAGAGAAGCAUAGCAGUGCACAGAGGCCAAUACAGAGAGAGCAAUCCACAGAGUGGACAGAGAAAAGCCUGAAAAUACUGCUGAGCUUCUUUUCUCCAUGGACUGAGCUGCACAGGGGUGGUGGUGCUGUUCUUUGUCUACUAUGUGACUGUGUGUCUCAUGGCUGUCCUCCUCAGACGUGGGCUUUUCGUGGCCCUGCAUCAUGCCUGCAGGCAAGGCAGGAGCUCAGUCUGCCACCCUGCACUGCCUGCUGCUCUUCUAGGAGCACGUAGGACAAAGAAGACAUGGCCAGUGAGCUUCUCUCAGGACGAGCUGAAGAAACGGCUCACACCACAGCAGUACCAUGUGACCCAGGAGAGAGGAACUGAGAGUGCCUUCACUGGAGAUUUCACACAUCAUAAAGAAGACGGGACCUACACUUGUGUUGUCUGUGGUGCCCUGCUGUUCAACUCCAACACUAAAUUUGACUCCGGAUCGGGUUGGCCGUCCUUCUAUGACCUGGUGAAGGAGGAAUCCAUCACUUUGUCUGAUGAUUUCUCCUAUGGGAUGCACAGAGUGGAGGCUACCUGCAGCCAGUGUGGAGGCCACCUGGGACACCUGUUUGAUGAUGGACCAAGACCCACAGGGAAACGUUACUGCAUCAACUCGGCCUCAUUGGGUUUCCAGUCCAAAGACGCGGCCCCUGCCUCCUCUGGGGCCGAGGGGGGAGCUGCCAGCAGCUCAGUGAGCGAUGGGAAGACGGAGCUCUGAGAAAGACUCAUGACCCACAGCAGACUGACAACUGUGCUUGUGAAGGGAGAGGUCACGUACAUAACAUGCUUUUGGUUCUGUGUUUCUGAUUCACAAUGACAGACAGGGUAGGUAAUUAUAUUAGGGCCGGGACUCGAUUUAAAAAAAAAAAAAAAUCUAAUUAAUUAGAGGCUUUGUAAUUAAUUAAUCAAAGUUAAUCGCAUUUUAAUCGCAUAUAAAUAUUUGACCUGAGAACAGUAAGAAGUAAUUUUUUUCACAUGGAUUUUUAGUAUACCAUUGAAUAAUGACUGAAUACAUAAGCUUAAGCAACAAAAACAUUGUUUAUUUUUGUUCAAGUCCAACAGACCAGUGCAAUUUUUCCAUUAAGUGUAGCAAUAGCAUAUUUAGAAAUAUAGUACAUUUCAGAAAUUCAGGUAGCCUAUAGGUAGGUAGACCUUCUGUAACUAUAGUACUUUGGUUUUUUUAGUUAAACACAAUCCACGCUAGCUACCACACUAGCUGCUAGCUGCUAUAUGUUUUGCAUUGAGGUGAUACUUGAGGCUCGAUGUGCUGCGGUGAUAUGUGAAUUCCUUGUUGCAUAGCAACACAACCAUGCUCUUAUCGACGCUUCCAUCCGUUGGUUUUUUUGUAACAAAAUGUCCCAUCAUCCACGGGGCCAACCAAAGCGCUCUCAUCAGCUUCUUCCUUCAUAUUCACUGUGGUUUGUUGUUGUCUGAACUCAUGAACGCUAGUUGGUGCUCCAGUAUAAUCGGUCCGCCUGAAACUCAUCCAGUGAGAAACGUUCCGCGGUGCAAAAAUAAGUGCGAUUAAAAUGCGUAAAUUUUUUUAGCGCGUUAAUUUUUGUGUAAUUUAUUUAUCUUAAUUAACGCGUUGAAGUCCCGGCCCUAGUAAUUAUAUUACUAAAAAAAGGAAGGAAGGUGCUUAGGCCACUGACACAGACCAGAGAAAUCCUGUAUCGGGUGUAUAAUCUAUCACACGGGAAAGUGCACGCUUCCAAAACAGUCAAAGCUGCAACACACACUGCAUCAGCUGAUUGCCUUAAAGGGAACGUCUUCUUCCCUGAAUUCCCUUUAAUUCCCCAGGUCUGGGUAGUAGCAUUUGGCCUGCUCAUUUAAACACGGAUGAAGUGCUGUGCAGUGUAUUCUAACUAAAUAUAUUUUAUUAGAGUAUAUUUUUGAAGUGAUAUUUGAUACUGAGAGGUUGAUGAAAUUGCCUAUGCAAGUGCUCCUGUCAGCAGUGACAUGGGCAGAGACAGAGCAUACUGUGGCCUUUAGGUCACUUCCUCUUUCGGUUCCUUUAGUUCUUUGCAGUAGGAAAUAUUUAUUUUGUGUUCACAGCUUGCAUUAAAACUGUUGGAUGAAUAAAAAUAUCUGGA